AUCUUAGGUUCGACUUCGACCACAGUAAACGGUGGUGCAACUGAUCAAGAUUCAACGGAAAAGCGAAUAAGACGUGAAAUAGAAGAGGAGGAUACUUCUGACACUUUGGACAGUUCUGACAGUGAAGAAGAAAUUGAUGAAGAUAUCUGUACUGAGAUUGUACCUGAAAAGAAGCAAACAGUAUCACCUUCCUAUAUUAAGAGCUGUUCUCAAACACAGAUUAAGACGAAUAGUAUACUUGACCAUACAUGGAAAAUUAAUCAAUUUAUGUGGCUUUAUAAUACUGUGAAGACAAUGACAUAUGUGUCUCCACCAUUUCCAGAAACUGGUCAAUACCGGAUUCAAAUGAAAGUUUUACCUCGAACUAGUUACUACUCUGGGACGUAUAAUGUAGUAUGCUUUUAUAUACUUACUAGUAAUACAUUUAACGCUUUGUGUACCACUACUAUAUCGCUAUUAUCUGGAAAAGUUUUAUCAUCAAAAUCCAUAUCAGGUCCUAUAUCGAAUAACACAUUGUUAAUUGAAAUCCAGAGAGACUUGGACAAACUUCUGUCACAUAGAGAUGAGCUUACAAUUCAUUGCAAGUUCGAAUUUUUUUGUAAUCUGAUAAAUAAAACUAUACGUUUGAAUUCACUACCAUCUUCAAAUAAAGUUUCAGAAAACGUGACAUAUUUUGAAGACUUGACUUUUGAUGAGUUUUGCUCUAAAAAUAAAACGGCUUCAGAAAAAAAAUCAGUUGAUAGAAAAUAAAUGUUGCAUAAAAAAAAAAUUGUUCAUUAACGGUAGUUACUUUAAGAAUGUCUACCUUAUACAUGAUGGGAUAGAAAGAGAUAUGACUGAAAUGAAUUAAUAACGU